AAAGCCCUCCGUAAACCCCUCGUGACGAAGAGAGAGGGAAGGUAGUGUGAAAUGAAAUGAGAGAGGAGGUUGCUGAUCAAAAUGGGUGCAGCCUCCAUUUCCAGAACACUGACCAGGAGGCUCUGUAAUGGCGGUGGGUCGCCGGUUGCUCUGGGCAGGAUCUGGGUCCCUCUGCCACCACAACCGCAGGCAUUCUCUUCUUCUUGUUGUUCCUUCUCUAGCUACGCCAUCUCCUCCUCCGUGCCCGAGUCCCAAUCAGCGUCCUCUUCCCAAGUUCACGGGAAUGAAAGAAGGUGGGGAUGGUCAAAAUUGUUGCUGUUCCUCCCCGGAGCUCUCACUUUUGGCCUUGGAACUUGGCAGAUUUUCAGAAGACAGGAUAAGAUUAAAAUGCUAGAAUAUAGACAGAAAAGGCUGGAAAUGGAACCCCUGAUGUUUAAAAGCAUAUCUCCGUCCAAUGGAAAAUUGGAUUCUCUGGAGUUUAGGAAGGUGAAAUGCAAAGGAGUUUUUGAUGAGGAAAGGUCAAUCUAUGUGGGCCCUCGUUCAAGAAGUAUUUCAGGAGUGACUGAAAAUGGCUACUAUGUCAUCACACCCCUCAUGCCUAUACCCAACAGCACAGAGAGUGUGCAGUCGCCAAUUUUGGUCAACAGAGGAUGGGUUCCUCGUAGCUGGAGAGACCAGUCUUUGGAAGAUUUACAAUCCGGCAAAAAGCCUCCUAUUAUACCACCCCCCUCUGUUGAAGAUAGUGAAGGAAGCUCUUGGUGGAGGUUUUGGUCCAAGAAGCGUAAUAACGUUGAGGUCAACAUCCCUGCUGUUAUUCCUACAGAAGUUGUUGGAGUAAUUCGAGGGAGUGAGAAGCCUAGCAUAUUUGUUCCGGCAAAUGAUCCAAGCUCUUUUCAGUGGUUCUACAUUGACGUUCCUGCAAUUGCUCGUGCUGCUGGACUGCCUGAGGAUACUAUCUACAUUGAAGACAUAAAUGAAAAUGUCAAUCCGAGUAACCCUUACCCUGUUCCAAAGGAUGUCAAUACCUUGGUUCGCAGUUCAGUCAUGCCACAGGACCAUCUCAAUUAUACAUUGACAUGGUAUUCUCUUUCUGCUGCUGUCACAUUCAUGGCUUUCAAGAGAUUAAAGCCCAAAAGGAGUCGGAGAUAGCAUUUCUUGUAAGCAAUUACUUUUACAAAUCAUAUAUUCUUCUUCAUGCGAGAACGUGGAGCUGUUAAAUCCAUUUCCCUUGUCUAAUUUCCUUAUCAAAUUGAGCGAAAUUUUAUUUCUUAGUUCAUGAUCAGUUCUCUCUCAGACGGACUGGGAAGACAUUUUCUGGACCAGCUGCUUUCCUCGUUAAACAAGCUAAUAUACAUGAAGGCAGUCAAUUCAGUGGAAAAUAAUGUUCUAUUUUGUGUUUUUCUUAUCAUUUUUUUUUUUUUUUUAACAAGCAUGACAUGAUGUAGUUUCUGAUCUACCAGAUGAUAUGGCCCAUUGGCCCAAUAUAGAGCUGAUUUUUGAAGUUG